AUGCAACCUCGACAUCCCCUCGUCAAAGCAGUCAAUCAGACGACGGCACCGCAGCUCCCCGCCUACCUGCGGGAAUUUUCUCUGAAACAAAAAGACGCGAAAGAUCUCUGGAAGGCCAGGGCUGUGGCGAGCUCGCCCGUUCACCAGGCGCAUGCAACCGCCACUCUUGCAGCCAGGCGACCCUGGGCAGCGAGCGCUUCUUCCGGUUCGGUGCAUCCUACCCACAUGGAUGCGCCGCUCGUGGCGUCGACGGCUGCUGAUAUGGCACGUGCGCGCAGUGGAAACGAGGCUCUCUGGACGGCGCUGGAGCGGCGCGCCCUGCAGUUGCGACUGCUGUUUGAGCCGAAGGAGAUUUCUCUUUUUCUGGGCGCUCUGAGUCGAACGCGGCGAUUUCCACCCGAAGUCUUCAAAGCCUUUGCGCCCCUGGCCGCACAAAAAAUCGUUUACUUCAAUUCGACGCACCUCUGCAUGCUUCUCUCGGCGUAUGCAAAGAGCCGUGUGGCGCCUGGCCCAGAAUUCCUUUCCGCGGUGCGCCAGCAGCUGCUGCAUCGUUUGUCGCUCCGCGAAAUUCAAAGCCCGGUCGAGCUGGCCAUGCUUGUCAAUGCUCUUGUUAAAUUGAAGCUGUGCGAAGAUCGAAGUUUAGUCGAGAGUUUAGCGCAGCACGUUCGUCAGCGCCUCUCCGUCGAGGAGUUUCACGUGCGAGAACUCGCCGUCCUCGCCGCCGCCUUCGCUGCUGUCGGCUACUCGGAUCUCGCUCUCUUCAGCCACAUUGCCGACGCAGCAGUGGAGACGAUCAACGAGGCAACGCCUGUCGAGCUAGCUCGCAUGCUUCACGCGUUUUCCUCCGUGCAUGCGCCGUUGUCUCCCGGCGAGUGCGAUGGCCAGGCGGAACGCUGGGCGCAGAAUGAGAGGCGCCGCAAACAGCUGGAGGCGCUUCUGGAGGUUUGCGUUGCAUGCGCGCGAGAGAAAAUCGCCUUCAUGAGUGUCGAGGAACUGCUCCUCUCCGCAAACGCCGUCGGCCAGGCCUUUUCGGUGACAGCGUCCGCGGCCCUCCGCGAAGACGUCGCUGCGCUUCUCGCAAACAUGCGCCCCGGUGCCCAGCAAGAGGGAAAAAGCUCGCCACGCCGCUCGCUGGCUGAUGCACAAGUGGUAUCCGAGCAUUUUCGCCGCUCUCGCCUCCUUCGAUCUACCGGCGUCUUGCUCGUCUUCGUCUCUCUCUUCGACGCAUGCAGCCAGCGGCGUGGAGGACAGGAGGGCGAGACCGCCCCACGACGACGGAGACACUCCAGAAAGCGAGGCGGGCCCUCCGGAUCCAGGCAGUCGGGAGGAGACAGGCAUUUGUGGGGAAAUGGAGACUUCAGGGCGAGGCAUGCCUCCCCCAGCAGUCCAAAACCUGCUUCGACUUUUAGAGGCGUUUGUGGGGCUACGAGAUCCCGAGGAGAAGGAAGAAGAGCAUCUCUUCCUCCGCGGGCUCCAAGAAGCUGUUCUGCGAUGCCACGCGACAAUCGACAGUCUGGCGGCUUCGCAGUUUCUUCUUCUCCUCGAGGCUCUUCGCCUACCGGAAGAAGACGACCUCGUCCUGGUGAUGAAGGAGAAAAAACGGAAGACGUAAAUGGAGAGAAAACAGAAACGAGACCACGCCAGAACCAACAAGGAAGCAGACUGGCCUCUCGCUGUCCUUCCUCCUCGCCCUGA